AUGGAAUCAGCAGCAGCAGCAGCAACACCCGAAAGACAAGAAGAAGAAUGGAUCGAGUCGCCGGAUGGUUGGGACGACAAAAAGCCCACAACGGACAGUCCAGAAGAGGAGGAAGAAGGAGCGUUUGUGGAUUUCUUUACCAACACUACCAAGAAGGAUCCCAAGGAUACCUUUACGUUUGAACUCACGGUCCAUCCAAGCGAUGAUCAGGAGAAGGAAGGUGUCACUAAAAAGUUGCUCCAACUGUCGGGCUAUACCUUGGACAGUGACGAAACGGCCCAAUCCACCGGUGUCACUCUCUGGGACGCAGCCCCUCGAUUGGCCAAUUACUUGAUGAAACGCGAGUCCGCCCAAGAACACAUUGUCGGCAGACAAGUUUUGGAAUUGGGAGCCGGACUGGGAUUGUGUGGGAUUGUGGCAUUUCAUUUGGGGGCAUCCCACGUCGUUUUGACGGAUGGAGAUACGCAAACCCUGCAACAAAUGAGAGUCAAUGUGCAACAGAAUUGUCAUGACAGUACCACCACCACCAACAACAACGCUACUAUUGACUGCCGACAAUUGAUUUGGGCAUCGUCUCCCACGAAACUCGCGGCCUUGCAAGAAUCCCAAGGAUUGUUUGAUACCAUUUUGGGGGCCGACAUUGUCUAUACAAAAGACAGUUUGGAUCCCAUGUUGGAUACCGUUGUGGCAUUGCUCAAGAAACCACAUGGUCAAUUCGUACUGAGUCGCUAUACGAAGUGGAACAAUGUGUCCGAUCAAGUGGUCCUGGAAGCGGCAGCCACUCGUCAUUUGACGUGUCGACAACCACCGGAUUCACCAGGCAUUUUCGUCUUUUCAAUGCCUGAAUGA